UUUGUCUAGUGAAGCAAAAAAACGUUUAUGUGAAUCAUUACAUCAACAGUAUCUAAAUCAAAAGUUGGCUAAAUAUAAUGAAGCAAAAAAGCUUUUUAUAGGUUUAACAGAUCUUAACUAUAAACCUGGCUAUAGAAAUCAUACGUAUUAUAAAUAUUUACUUUCAUCUGAUAAUAAAAAUGAUACCGCACUUUUAGAAGCAUACCAUCCUGAAGAGAUUUAUUUUCAAUAUAUUAUCCGAAUAGGAGAAAAAGGCUUUACAUUAGUUGAAUAUCCUUCCGAAGUUUAUAAAAUACUUGAUUCCCAUGAGUAUAGUGAAAAAAUUUCUCGUGAAGAUUUAAUAUCUAAAAUAUUGAUUGCUUAUAUAGAUGCAUUAAGUCUUAUACCAGAAU